CUGGUCUUGAGGUGUCGAUAAUUUACCACACAGAAAACUCAGCAUGGAGCGAUCAUGCUCCCCGGAGACCUCCCCGAAUCCGCCUUCAAGGAGCUAGGUGUUGACCUGGACAAGCUCAGGAUUUCCACAGCGUCUCAUGCUACCGCCAGAGCGUCACCAAACUUGCUGCACGCAACGCCUUUGUCCAGGGACGAGCCGCCGCCAGGCGCACCCUCGAUUGUAUUGUAUGCUGAGAUCUUGCUCCACAUACGGACAGCCACGCUCUUCGGCUCACUGCGCACGGGCAAGACGCAUGAUACCAAGGCAAGGCUCUCCACCGAUGCCACCUGCAUCACCGUUUCCUACGAAGGCGAGUCGGCGACUCUCCGCCUGCCGAUGAAGGUGAAGGGAGGAGGAAGUGCAGUGGUGGAGAUACCAGCCGAGCCGCCCAAUAAGGACAUAAGCGUGCGACUCGAGGUCGAGGAGCGCGAGGGCAGUAGCUUCUUCACGGGCGCCCACUCCGACGAGAGGAAGGCUAAUGUGGUACCGUGGGAUGCGGUCUCGCUCAAUGAGAUGAAGACCCUAAGCGUUCUUUGCAGGCACUGUCAGAGCCCUGUGGUGGGCACUGGAAGAGUUACGGAAUGGCGGGACCUUCCCAAUGAGAACUGGGCCGAGAUGAUGGACUUCUGGCACUGCCACAAGCCGGAUGAACACCACUUGCAUGACCACGCACACCACGAAACCUUUUCCAAGAAAGGGUAUGCCGCAGGAAGUAGGCUCAAAGCCAUCCAGAGCAUUGGUUUUAUAGAUCUCGCGAGCUUUCUGCUCUCUGAGCAAGACUGCGAAGGCGUUCAGUCUGGUGCCCGUAGCUCGGAUAGCCCAAGGAAUCUCCUCACUUGUAAAGCCUGCAGCCACGUCCUCGGAGUGCUCGAUGAACAAGCGAGCGGCUGGCGGGUCUGGAAAUGGGCCCUCAGCAUCGGGGCUGCAGGGCCAUCCCUUCCGAGCGCAUCACCAGCACAUUCCGCCCAUACAUACAGCAUUCAGAAGUGGAUUUCUGCCCGUCUCCUCUUCCUGAUCGAAAACCUGGGCAUUAGGAAGUUCCAUGUACAUGCCGAUACCGACGGCGCGAGCGUACCGUCGCUCCUCAUCUGGGUCUUCACCCCCGACCUCCUCUUCUCCUCAUCCGUACCCUCUCACAAAGAACCCCGCAACGACCCAACGCGAGCUAUGAAGAUCUUCUACCAGAAGAAGGAAUGGAGUCCGCCUAAGCCAGGAGAGGCGGAACCGGCCUCUGUCGAGGAAGUAAGCUUUCCACAAGAGUUAUUCGAUGAGCUACACUCCGCUUUAGAAGAGAGCCAGCAGCUGUUACCUGUCAGCGCUCGACGCUUUCAGGGGUGGGAUGUAGGGCUUCUGGAGAGAUUUGAUGUUGGAGAGGACAACAGAGCAAGACAACACAACAACGAACAGGCAUGAUGGAUAUCGAGAAGUGAUGUAGGAGGAUGAAUAUUGAGAAGAGGAUUAAUAUGGUGCGUUCGAGGAAUGUUUUCGUAGAAGGUUCUCCAGUCUCCCCAGAUGACAUACUGCUCAUACUUCCUCAUCAGCCUACCCACAGCAUCAUGGCCACCAACGACUAUGCCUGC